AUGUCGUCUGCGUUGAAAAACCUCGCCGCGUUGAAGAGGAACAUCUCCAGACGCUUGAAACAGGCCCUUGAAGAGCUCCAGGAGAACUUGGGCCAGGAAGGCUACUGGGGCCAGAGUCCAGCUCCGGCUCGGAUUCCAGUGGCGGUGCCUCAGAGGUCUCGUGGGUUCAAACGAAUGAAUAUCACCAGCCAUAGAUGCUAUAGCACGUUUUUCGGCACCAACCAUCUGUUCUGGAGCUGCCGGAGCAUUAUAUUCGAGAAAUGGGGUGCUUUGGGUAAGAACUGUGGGUUCAAGGGCCACCAGUUCCGGUUUUUCAGCAGUUUCUGCCCGUUCAGUAAACACGGAGCUCGGUACCGUGUGAACACGGCGCUUUUGACCCAGAACUUCACCGCUAGAAACGGUUACCACUCCCUGAGCAUGCUUAGGCUCUGUAAAGUGCCUUCAAUUACACAUUUAGCCCAGAAAGACCUUUGCCAGGCGUUUGAGGAGGAAGAAGACCGCAAAUGGAAUAUGAAUAUGCAAGGCGCCGUAGCGCAGCUCUUUUCCAAGAACGAAAAGGCCAGCAUGGUCUCUGUGUUGCACGAGGCUGAAAAGUCCAUCAUUCUGGCUGUUGACUCUGCCGCCGCCAUCCCUUCUACCCUCAGAACAAACAUUCUUUGCUCCCCUCGUUACCAUGAUCUCGUGAAGAGACUCGCCGGAUGGACUUCCUCUGAACAUGGAGAAGCCAACCCAGCUCUUGAUGCUCGACCUGUCAGCUCAACUGGUGUUUAUGUGGAUUUCAGAUACGGACCUCGUAUUCUGGUGCCCCAGAAGUCAAUUUUGACCGCUGACGUGGUGGAUGAAAUGGUAGACAGCUUGGCCAGAUACCGCGAGAAGCUUGCUGAAGUCCAGGAAGAUUUGGCCCGUUUGAGUGAGUUGGGCGAGUUGCCUGUUGAAGUGAUUGCAGAAGAAGGUGUGAUACGCGUGUUUUUCCCUAAUUGUGACAGGGAAAGACUCGAGACUCUCUUGGUGGAGAAGAACGUCGUAGGAGGCGUGAUCCACGAGGGAACUCCCGGUGACGGCAGCGGAAGCUCUUAUGAGUCGGUCCUAUCACUGGAGUCGCUUUCUGAGCUGGAUUACAAUUACUCUGGAAGUGAAAGCGUCCGUUGUUCUUCGUCAGAGGAGCUCUCGGGUGGAACCAGCUGGUACCUCAGUACCUUCACCUCCAACGACGCCGCCAUGCAGCUGCCGCUGCUAAGCUCAGGAAGCACUGCAAGCUCCCAGGAUAACGAUAUCUUGUCGCUGAACCUGCUGCAACGGAUGGUUCGCUUGGACGAGUCCAACAUGUUAGGCCCCGUUCCCACGUCGCCAGUGGCCGUGCGUAUCGUUGAAGAGGAGCCCGUGUGGGCACUUUAA